UUUUGACUUGUGGGUUAGAUGAAAAGCUUAUCUUACAGUUCUCUAAGUGUCACUACCUCCAAGAAAUCUAACCUGAAAUUAAACCCAGAAAUCUUGGCUUUUACACACACCCGUUAAAUAAAGCCCAAGAAUCAGGUUCUUAAAAAAGAAACAAAGAAUCUCACUCUGUGACGAAACAGAGAAGCUGCGAGAUUCAAGAACUUGGAUCCGAGGCAUUGAAGCUACAGAAAUGGCGGGAUUCACUAUGAGCUUGAAUCUACUGCUACUAGUAGCGAUGGUAGCUACAAACAUCCUCUCUCUCUACCAUCUCUCCUCCACCACAAGUUUCUUCCAAUCCACCGUCAAAUCCUCACCGUCCUCUGUUCCCACCGUCCCCGACCACCUCCUCCGUCAACUCCACACUAUCCGCGCCGCCAUCAACCACCUCACAAACCACCAGCCAGACAAAUCCACUUCAAUCGCUUCCACUCUUACCUCACGCGCCGCCGUCUCCUCCUCCGCUCCAAAAGAUCUCCUCCUCUACUCCAAGCUCUCCCCCAUAGCUUCCGCUUGCCACAACCACCCCGACCUUCUCCACGAGUACAUGAACUACACUCCUUUCUCUCUCUGCCCUUCCGACACCGAUCUCGUCGAGAAACUCAUCCUCCGUGGCUGCCACCCACUCCCUCGCCGUCGUUGCUUCUCCCGUACGCCGCGAAACCCGACGGACUCCAAGCCUGAGUCCAAUGUAAUCUGGUCUUACUACUCCUGCAAGAAUUUCGAUUGCUUGGCCGCUAAAUUCCCCGAUCUAGGCUUCGAUCUCUCCCUCGAGAAAUCCAAAUCUCAGUUCUCUUCCUACAAAUCGGAGCUCGAUCUCCCGAUCUCGCAGCUUCUCCAGAUCGCCAAAUCCGCGAAUUCGGUACUCAGGCUCGCCGUCGACGUCGGUGGUGGGACCGGAUCUUUCGCCGCAGCUAUGAAGGCUCGAAACGUCACCGUUUUGACCACCACGAUGAAUUUUAACGCGCCGUACAGUGAGGCGGUGGCGUUGAGAGGGCUCGUGCCGCUUCACGUGCCUCUCCAGCAGCGGCUUCCGGUUUUUGACGGUGUGGUGGAUUUGGUCCGGUGUGGACGUGCGGUGAACCGGUGGAUUCCGGUUACGGUUAUGGAGUUUUUCUUCUUCGAUUUGGAUCGGAUACUACGUGGCGGUGGUUAUCUCUGGUUGGAUCGGUUCUUUAGCAAGAAAGUCGAUCUUGAGAAUGUUUAUGCGCCGAUGAUCGGGAAAUUGGGUUACAAGAAGGUGAAAUGGGCGGUGGCGAAUAAAAUGGACUCUAGUGGAGUGAAACAUGGUGAAGUUUUCUUGACUGCUCUGCUUCAAAAACCAGUUGCAAGAUGAUACAAAUCUUUUUUGAGGAGAUUUACCUUGAGUUUGUAGCAAAGAGCUUACUGUUGUUGAAAAUUUGGAAGACGAGAUUCUUCGACGAUAUCAGAUAUGAAAAAGCCUUUUUCCAGCUGUAAGCACACCCGAGCAACGAUGUGUUAUUUCUGCAAAACAAGAAGUAGGGAUUUAAGCCAAGAUUUGUUGAGAUUUAUUGUUGUUAGAGAGACAUAUAUUUAUGGCUUCUUCUUCUUGUUUAUUUCAUAGCUUAUAUAUGCAUUCAUAUGAUUUGUAACACUGUAUUCUUUUGUUCCAAGGCAGAUAACAGUUGCAGGUAUAAGAAUGGUUUAAA